AUGGAGACAGAGAGAGAGCGUGUGCCCGGAGGAGGAAGAGGAACUCAUACCAUGUUUUCGUUUGGUGUUGUGAAACUGGUUUUGUUGGUCGGAAUCUUGGCAUGGGUUUACCAGUCGAUUCAACCUCCGCCGGCGAAGAAGAUCGCCGCCGUGACAGCACCGAGGAUCAAAUUGAGAGACGGAAGGCAUUUGGCAUACAAAGAAUUAGGAGUUCCCAGAGACGAAGCCAAUUUCAAGAUCGUUUAUAUUCACGGCUUCGAUUCUUCUAAAGACGAAGUCUUUUUCUUCCACUCCUUAUCACCGCCACUUUUAAAGGAACUUAAGAUAUGUAUCGUAUCAUUUGACCGACCCGGUUAUGGAGAGAGUGAUCCUGACCCAAACCGGACACCAAGAAGCAUAGCACUGGAUGUAGAAGAACUUGCUGAUAAAUUAGAACUAGGAUCCAAGUUCUAUGUGCUUGGCUUCUCCAUAGGAGGCCAAAUCACCUGGUCUUGUCUUCACUACAUCCCUCACAGGUUAGCAGGAGCGGCGCUUGUAGCUCCUGCGUUUAACUACUGGUGGAGAAACUUGCCUGCAAAAAUGUCUAAGGAAGCUUUAUCUCUUAUGCUUCCUCCAGAACAGUGGAUGUUUCGAGUGGCACAUUAUGCACCUUGGCUUACUUUCUUUUGGAACACCCAGAAAUGGUUCCCAAUCGCUAGCUACAUUACCUGUGACCCCAACAUCCUCUCUCGUCAGGACAAGGAGAUCUUCUCUAAGCUCCGAUCCGAUGAUCUGAAUCAGGCAUUCGCUAGGCAACAAGGAGAAUACGAGAGCCUACACCGAGACUUGAUGAUUACAUAUGGUCAUUGGGAGUUUGAUCCAUUAGACCUUCAAGAUCUAUUUAAGAACAGCAACGGCUCGGUCCACCUUUGGCAUGGUGACGAGGAUCUGUUUGUGCCAGUGUCGCUUCAACGGUUUAUCGUCUCAAAACUUCCGUGGGUUCGGUACUAUGAAGUGACUGGGUCGGGCCAUUUCUUUCUUUAUCUUAUGGCUGAUAAGAUUGUCAAGACACUGUGUGUUGGGGAAGACUAG